AUGACCAAUCCACAUCCACCCCUAAACCCUGACCACGACAAGGAUCAUGGAGCCGGAGUCGGGCCCCCACAACCCAAGGGCACUGGGAAUGGCGCCGGAACACCCAAGACCCCCUCUACCAGGGCUGGAAGAGUUGGCAGGAACUUUCGAAAUGUUCGCACACAACACGUUGUCCGUCACCAGAAGACAGCAUAUGUCUACAGAAUUGGCAUACGCCUCCCCAAGGAGAAAUUGCGACAGUUCCCACGGUAUAACGGCAAAGUCGGCAAGUUUUUGCAUGAUGGUAAUGGGCCGUUUGUGACGCUCAAGGUCCCGCCGCUACAUACCAUUCUCAACAGGGGGGGUGGGCAGAUUCGAAUAAACACAUCUGCAACAGCAGUCUCAGCAGCUAUUCUGCCAGCAUCUACAGGGACGCUUUUGUCGGGAACUCCAUCUAUUUUCUCCGAGGAAGGGCGUGACUCCGGUCUCAUCACUCCCAUCACCAACGAGUCUUCACCUGGGGGAACUUGGCCCACCAACCAUCUUGGUCACGAGUGGAGGGGUGCUGAGAAGGAACUUCUGUUGGCUACCACUGGAUCCAGCAUCGUACACGAUCAACCUAGACUAUUUUGUCACGAUACCAGACAUCCGGCCGCUUCUACAAGCUUUGAGGAUUCGUUGGUGUUCUCCAGCAAGUCCCGCUCCGACUUUGAGGAUUUUCCUGUUGCCGAGCGGCUCCUGAGCGCCUCCAACGCCAACGAUACCACAAUGGCGCCAGUCAAGGACACCAGCAACGUGCACAAUACCAUCAAAGAUAUAAUCCAACAUCUUACAGACAUCCAGAUCCAAACCCAUGGCUACAUCCCUGCCACCCAAGACUUGCUUGUUGACAAACUUACCGAUCUGGCCAAUUCUCUCUCCCAAUUAAAACGCCUAACUUCGCCCACCGAAUCUCCCAACAACUAUAUCCAUCAAGUCGCGAUAGCCCCUGAGAUAGUGGACUACGUAGACGAUGGCCGCAAUCCAGAUAUUUUCACCCGAGAUUUCGUGGAGAACGUACAGAGAGGGAAUGCGGUGAUCAACGGCAAACAACAAGCGUUUAAGGAGUUCACCGAGAUUUUUGCGCAGAAGUUGAAGGAAGGGAUUCCAGGCGUGAGUAGGGAGGUGGAUAGGGUACUGAAGAAUGCUGGGUUUAAUGAGCAGGAUGGUGCAACGGCGAAUGGCGACGAACAGGUGGGUUUACAGCACGGUGACGGGAAGGAGAACGGGCCUUCGAAUGGGUAA